GACAAUGUUUCCCUCGACGAACAGUCAAUGGAUUCAAGCUUCAUUGAUGACGACAGCGAUUGUGUUCAAAGUAUUGAUAUUAAUAACUACAAUGAAUCGGAAGAUAGUAUCUCCUUUAAAUCGCAAAAUUUCACUUUGUGGCAACCCAGGAACAGGAAAAUCGCAUUGGUAAAAACCAUAAUAGCAUUCGCGAUAGAAAACAAAUAUGACGUCUUUGUCGCUACACCAACGGCACUACUCGCCGAUAAUACCAGUUGAAGAUUCACCAUGGGAAAUAAAUUGGCAUAUUAGUUGGUUCCAGCUUAUUGUAGUGGAUGAGAUUGGUCAAGUCAAUUCUCACAUAAUCAAGCAUAUAAUGAAAACCUUUGAUGCACUUCCAUCGAAUCCUAUUAUAAUUUUUCUGGGAGAUGCGCAUCAAAGUUUACCACUAAUUACGGUUCAAGGAAAAACAAACUUUGAUUCAAGCUUUUUCUCAAGUUUGAUGACUCGUUUAUUUAAAAAAUUUGAACUACAUACCUCACAUCGUAGCACAACUUUGUAUAAAGAGUUUCUGGACAAAAUCAGAAGUUUUAAUAUUACAUUUGACGAAAUAAAACGUAUUUUUGAGCAUACAAAAAUACCAAGUACCAACAAAGUCACCGGCAAAAGGAUUUUAGCCAUAAUUACAGAGAAUCCAAAUACCAUAUAUAUAGCAUCUUCCCACAAGACAAAAGAUUUCAUUAACAAAACUGUGAUGAAUUACCUUUUCCGCGACGAAGAACCUGACAUUGAGGUAAUCGAUAGCUCAGGAAAAUGUCAAGUGUAUUUCGUCGGUUCAAUAGGUAUGUUGACGGAAAAUCGCGAUCAAAUAGGUUCUUUUAUGAAUGGCGUCAUAGGUAAAAUAAUCAAUGUGCAAUCAACCAUCAUUGCUGUAGAAACCGCAAGAACGACAGUUUACGUUUAUCCGAUAUAUGACAGCCACAGAACCUAUUAUUAUCCAAUCAUACCUGCAUAUUGCCAAACGGCUUUAAAAUGUCAAGGACAAACACUCCCACAUAUUACCUGGGCCAUCGACAGAGACACAAUUGGUCCCGGCAUUGGCUACGUUGUGUUAUCACGAGUUCGUGAAGCACGAAACGUAGAAUUUGCGACAGUAUUAACAGCAAAACACAUAACGCCUAUGACGAUAUUGCAGUCAUGACAAUUGUAAAUAAAUCAGUAACAAUGUUUACAGAACAUAAUUCAUUUUUUACUUUUUCCCACUACCCACACCUACGCCUACUGUUUGUUUGAAAAAUUAAAUUUUGUUUGUAUUAAAUGUACGCGCGUCUUCUACGAUCAUUAACGAAAUAUUGGUAUAGCAAUAAAAUAGUACA